GACUGAAUAUCCCUUAACUUCACACAGUUUACGGACCUACAGAAACCAGGAUUAUUACAUCAGAAUUCCGGAAGGCAUCCAGAGAUUGAGACAACGCUUAGGCAGCCUGGAUAACAUGGAUACCAAUAAAAUAAAACACCCGAAGAAGAUGCCGAAAGAAUGCGUUGUAGAUGUCGGUGAUAAUUGCUCGAUUUGCAAGCGUCCAAAGGUAGAUCCAGUGUCCGCCCACUGCGGCCACUCAUUCUGCUGGGUGUGCAUCAACGAUCACCUCUUCGCCAUUUGUUCCCAUGGCAAGAGCCGCUGUCCAGUGUGUGCCACUACCUUAGAAGCUCAUGUUCCCGGAUACGGAAAGCAGCCCAAAUCAAAUGAUCAUGUCAACGGCAGUAAUGACAACUGUUCCGUUUGUCAGAAUCCGAAUAAGAAAGUGGUCGCCACACACUGCGACCAAUUGUUCUGUUUUGUGUGCUUUACAGAACUGUUUGUUGUUAAAAAGCCAAUAUAACGGAGGUCAAACAUAUUCAGAUACUUAGGUAGUUACCUAAACAAUAAAUGUUCUAUACAUUUUGAUAUCCUUAUGCCAAA